AUGCCUGUGGUGGAGCCUUACACGGGAAUCCAUGUGCGGCACUCGGCCGCAGUUUAUGCCCCGCGGCCGGUCGGGAGGGAGAGGGAAGAAGAGUUUGCGAUCUCAGUCAAGUUCUACAAGCCAUGCUAUAUCCGACGUUCGCUGUCCGAUCCACCCCAUAUUGAACGGAGCCUCAUAACACAUGUGGUUGUGUUGCUCCCUUUCUCCAUGGUCAAGCAAAAACGUCAUGAGUCAUUUUAUAGAGGGAUGAUGAAGCAGUAUCUUUCGGAUAUAGGUGUCUCUGAAACUCUACAUACAGAGAUUCUCGAUAAGUUGUUCCAGGUGAUUGAAGCUGCCGAGACCUACGAGGUGCCUAUUCUUUUGGUCAUAUUCGAGAGUACUGACCGGAGGGAUAGUGAUGAGAUCUUGAGUUUCACUCCUACAGCUGAAUCUGCAAUCGAGGGUUUGGAGAAAGUGAGACUUGAUGCUGCCAUUAUUGGACAAUCACCGAUGUGUGCUAUAUGUUGGAAGGAUUUUGCACCCGAAGAUGUUGGUCAGCUGAUGGUUACUCGCAUGCCCUGCUCUCACUGUUAUCAUGGAGAUUGCAUUGUCCGCUGGCUGAGCGUUAAUCAUCUAUGUCCCAUGUGCCGAUACCCGAUUCCAGUGGUUGCCUAUAUGUUAUGCCGCUGCCGCUGCCUGUUUGUCAAGAGGCCCAAAGGAACAGCCACAUAUACUGUCCAACAUGGCAUCAGCUAAACCAUCACCAACCAU